CUCCUUUCAAGGCAGAGCAUCGGUCAACUUUCCACUUCCCGUAUUGGAAAUUUCCUCCAGCCAAAUGGAUAGUUCCAAGGCAAAGAAAGUUCGAAAGCGAUCUCAAGAUUAUAAACGAUUGUCUUGAUGAACUGACUCAAAACGCAAAAGAGACAAGACAUGAAACAGAUGUAAAGCUCCAGCAACGUUACUACUCUAAUCUCAAGGAUGUAAGUUUUUUACGGUUCUUGGUCGACAUGCGCGGUAUCGAUUCACAGGAUGCAAGUCUUUUGUUUGUCAAAGCCUCAUCAGAACCUCAGACAAGCUCACGGAGUUUCACCAGAGCUUUGGCAUUAGCCUUUAACGAGUGGCUACUCAUACUCAUGCUCCUCAUAAACUCCAUCUUCUCCUACGUGAUCACAAGAUUCGCAUAUCACUCUGAGCUCCAAUCUCCAUGUCUGAUGUGCUCUCAACAACAAAUCCCCCAAGCAAUAGGAUUACUUCCAUUUUGGGUUAAGAGUCUUGUGUUUGAUAAAGAAGAUGCUGUAAAGAAUAUAAAGAUUAUACCAUGUUACAUUUUUGGAAUUUGGACUAUAAAUAUUAAAAUCUUAAAUAUUAUAAUCAACCCAAUCGCCCGAGUUGAGUCCUAAAUUUCUGUUUUAGUUAAUAAAUAAUUUUUUGUUUUAUGCAAAUCUGUAAUUUUUCCUUUAAACACGUUAUAUAUACUUUUGACCUUAAACUUU